GCGGCCCUCCCGGAGGGCGGGCGGGCGGAGGCCCGGGCGGGCGCGGGCGGGGGCGGGGCGGGGCGGCGCGCCUGAAGCCCGGAGCCCGGCCCUGCGCUAGGCUCGGUUCGCCUCGCGGCGGGCGCCCUCGUCGCCAGCGGCGCACCAUGGACGGGCUGCCCGGUCGGGCGCUGGGGGCCGCCUGCCUUCUGCUGCUGGCGGGCGGCUGGCUGGGGCCUGAGGCCUGGGGCUCACCCACGCCCCCGCCGUCGCCCGCCGCACCGCCACCACCCCCGCCGCCCGCAGCCCCUGGCGGCUCGCAGGACACCUGUACGUCGUGUGGCGGCUUCCGGCGGCCUGAGGAGCUCGGCCGAGUGGACGGCGACUUCCUGGAGGCGGUGAAGCGGCAUAUCUUGAGCCGCCUGCAGAUGCGGGGCCGGCCCAACAUCACGCACGCCGUGCCCAAGGCCGCCAUGGUCACGGCCCUGCGCAAGCUGCACGCGGGCAAGGUGCGCGAGGACGGCCGCGUGGAGAUCCCGCACCUCGACGGCCACGCCAGCCCGGGCGCCGACGGCCAGGAGCGCGUUUCCGAAAUCAUCAGCUUCGCGGAGACAGAUGGCCUCGCUUCCUCGCGGGUCCGCCUGUACUUCUUCAUCUCCAAUGAAGGCAACCAGAACCUGUUUGUGGUCCAGGCCAGCCUGUGGCUUUACCUGAAACUCCUGCCCUACGUCCUGGAGAAGGGCAGCCGGCGGAAGGUUCGGGUCAAAGUGUACUUCCAGGAGCAGGGCCACGGUGACAGGUGGAACGUGGUGGAGAAGAGGGUGGACCUCAAGCGCAGCGGCUGGCACACCUUCCCACUCACAGAGGCCAUCCAGGCCUUGUUUGAACGGGGCGAGCGGCGACUCAACCUGGACGUGCAGUGUGACAGCUGCCAGGAGCUGGCCGUGGUGCCGGUGUUCGUGGACCCAGGGGAAGAGUCACACAGGCCCUUUGUGGUAGUGCAGGCUCGGCUGGGCGACAGCAGGCACCGCAUUCGAAAGCGAGGCCUGGAGUGCGAUGGCCGGACCAACCUCUGUUGCAGGCAACAGUUCUUCAUUGACUUCCGCCUCAUCGGCUGGAAUGACUGGAUCAUCGCACCCACCGGCUACUAUGGGAACUACUGUGAGGGCAGCUGCCCAGCCUAUCUGGCAGGGGUCCCCGGCUCUGCCUCCUCUUUCCACACGGCUGUGGUGAACCAGUACCGCAUGCGGGGCCUGAACCCCGGCACAGUGAACUCCUGCUGCAUCCCCACCAAGUUGAGCACCAUGUCCAUGCUGUACUUUGAUGAUGAGUACAACAUCGUCAAGCGGGACGUGCCCAACAUGAUUGUGGAGGAGUGCGGCUGUGCCUGACAGUGCAGGGUGGGGGCACGGUGCUGGGGCGAGGAGGACAGUCCUGGGUGGGCUUCUUCCAGCCCCCGCGGGAACGGGGGUGCACGGUGGGCUGGGCACAGUCAUUCUGUUGGGCCGUGGAGAAGGUGCCAGGGUGCGGCCUGAGAUAUUCUUCUACGACUUCAUAGAGCAAACAGUCAAAACCAGAGCGAGAACCCUCAACUGACAUGAAAUACUUUAAAAUGCACACGUAGCCACGCACAGCCAGACGCAUCCUGCCACCCACACAGCAGCCUCUAGGAUACCAGCAAAUGGAUGCGGUGACAAAUGGCAGCUUAGCUACAAAUGCCUGUCAGUUGGAGAGAAUGGGGUGAGCAGCCACCAUUCCCACCAGCUGGCCUGGCCACUCUGAAUUGCGCCUUCCGAGCACACAUAAAAGCACAAAGACAGAGACACACACAGAGAGAGAGAGAGCCACGGAGAGGAAAAGCAGAUGCAAGGGUGGGGAGCGCGGCCAGGCAGAGGCUGUGUGUGCCCCGUGGCUUUCACCAGGCCUGCUCUGCCACCACAUCUCCGGCUCAAUAUCUGCUUCUUCCCCAGCCUGGGAUCCUUCGUGCUUCAAGACCAAGAGAGCCUGUCCUCCCACACCCUUGCCAAGGGAAAGAGACCCAGAAAGGACAUAACCCAUCAGAGACCGGGGAGCAGGGGCAAGUGACUGUUCGUCGAUUGGGCCUCUGACUUGACUUAUGUGUGUUUUUUUGGAGUGGGGAGGGAGGGAGAGAAGAGGGGGCUAAAUUUAAUGCUUUAACUGAUCUCCAACGAUUGACAGGUCAUCCUUGCCAGUUGUAUAACUGAAAAAGGACUUUUCUACCAGGUAUGACCUUUGAAGUGAAAAUCUGAAUUGUUCUAAAUGGAAAGGAAAAAAGUUGCAAUCUGUGCCCUUCACUGGGGACAUUCCUUUAGGACUGUUUUGGGGAGGGGUGGGAAUGACCCCUAGGCAAGGGGAUGAGACCACAGGGGGAAACGGUGGGGAGGAGGCAUUCUUGAACUGCUGAGGGUGGAGGGUGCCCCUUCAGCAGAGGCUGAGGGAAGGGAGCAGCUUAGUUGGUCUUGGAGAGAUGGGGAAGGCUUUCAGCUGAUUUGUAGAAGUUGCCCAUGUGGGCCCCAGCCAUCAGGGCCGGCCAUGGACGUGGCCCCUGCCCACCUGCCUGCCCGCAUAGCACUUGCAGACCUGCCUGAAGGCACAUGACACAGCACUUGCCGAUCCACGUGUGUCCAGAAGUGGCCCUUGGCUGAGCACCGAACUCGCUCGCCCUCUAGAUGUCCAAGUGCCACGUGAACUAUGCAAUUUAAAGGGUUGACCCACACUAGAUGAAACUGGACUCGUACGACUCUUUUUAUAUUUUUUAUACUUGAAAUGAAAUCCUUUGCUUCUUUUUUAAGCGAAUGAUUGCUUUUAAUGUUUGCACUGAUUUAGUUGCAUGAUUAGUCAGAAACUGCCAUUUGAAAAAAGAAGUUAUUUUUAUAGCAGCAAAAAAAUGAAUACAGUUAAAUGUAUUAUACAUAAUUUUGGAACCAAAGAGGCCAACAGAUCAGUUUUAAUUUUAUUAGACGGUGAGGCCAUCUGAUGUGAGGUGGACGUUCUGAACGGUCCCUUGAGUGGCCUGCCAACGUUUCAGGGUAUGAAUGGAUUUUGUUUAUUCGGUUCGAUGUGUCUUUUCUAUCCUUACACACCCAGAAGGUAGAGUAAAAAUGGCUAUGAUAGAAUGCAGGUGUGUAUCCUUAAAUCCCCAUCUUUAUGUUUAUUUAAUAAAGCUCCCCUUAGGUUCUGUUUCAUAAUAAUUUAAAACCAAACAAUUUUCCCAUAGACUUGCUGUUAAAGUAUUUUACGUUUGUGUACAGUUUAAGAAAAUAAAAGAUUGAGUGCCACGGGC